AUAGUUAUUUAUUGUACGGAAAUAUCUUACGCAUUUUUUAAAAUAAAAUUAACUAUAAGCAUAAAUCCUGUAAAUAAACUUAACUUCUGGAUGGUUGCAGUAAUAAAUGUCACGAAUAUAUUUCUUUUAAAACUACAGCAGUUUUGUAAAAUUGGAAAAGAAUAGUUGUGAUAAAUAACUUAAAAUGAAAACUGUUGUAAUUAAUCUGUUGUAUUUUAUCAAAGGGCGAGCUUUUCAGAUGCUAUGGAUCUCAUUGGUAGUUUACUCAUUUUAUGAUACCUUUAUUUAUUACCAAGACGCACCACAAUUUUAUCAUCUGAGAAAAAUGCUUGGGACAGGGUUAUACAUCUCGCGAGGCACUGCCUCAGUGCUGAACAUCAGCUGCGCGCUGGUCCUGCUGCCUCUCUGCAAGAGGCUCAACAAGCUGCUCUAUAGAAUGCUGUCCAAGAUCUGGCCAGGGCUAUUCUUCUUCUGGCUAGAGCGGGCUAAAAGCUUCCAUAUGACUGUUGCGAUCACGCUAGUCCUGUUUGCCGUGAUUCACUCCAUUUCGCAUUUUGCAAAUAUCUGCAACUUUUCAAGAUAUUACAAUGACGAAAUCAAGGAUAUUAAUUUUGCUAAUUAUAAGAAUGAGAACCCAAUAUCACUCCUUGUAUCACAACCGGGGUUGACGGGAGUGGCCAUGCUAAUCAUCACCAGCUUGAUGGCCAUGACGUCACUACGGACAGUCAGAAGGAAGUGCUACAAUGCCUUCUGGUACACCCACCAUCUGUAUCUACCGUUUAUGAAGCUGCUCAUUGUACAUCCUUUGAGGUGUGGCGCACUGAAAGAGCAGGUUUUGAAAGUUGAAGACGGCAUGAUGGUGGGGUCUGGCUACAUGAAUCAUGACAAUGUGACCAUCUCUACAGAAUUUGUGCCGAUACAAUCUAAGACCUGGCUGUGGAUGUCGGUGCCUCUGAGCUGCUUCUUCAUUGAUCUCAUUUGGCGGACGCUAUCGAGGAACCGGGCGAGGGUUCAGAUAUUGGAAGUACAUCACAUGGCCGGCAGAACUAUAGGGUUGCACCUCAGCUGCCCGAGCGGAGAGUUCAAGUGUCGCAUCGGGCAAUACGUGCUCCUGCAGUGUUUGGACAUAUCGCUCAUCGAGUGGCAUCCUUUUACCGUUGUAAAGUUACCAACGUCUAGUCAAAGGAAUUUUAUAUUAUGGAUAAGAGUUACGGGAGAUUGGACUGGAGCUUUAGAGAGGCUGUUGCUCGAGAAAGGACCAAAGAACUUGACUAUGCUAGUGGACGGUCCCUACACGAGCGCCAUGCAGGGCGUGAGUCGCAGCGGCGUCGCCGUCUGCGUGGCGGCGGGCGUCGGCGUCACGCCGUUUGUCGCUGUACUGCAGGAUUUGUUGCUAUAUCCACGAAACAGACUGCCAGGGAGGGUUCACCUGAUUUGGAUUGUCAGAUAUGAGCAGGAAAUAUCUUGGCUCGCAGAUUUGGCCACCAGAACUAUACAAGAGCUCAGGAACUCUAACAGACCUGAUAGAUUGCAAAUAGAGCUUUAUGUUACCAACUCCAACAAACCUGCAAGUUGCAAAAAUGGCCCUCUCAGUGACAUUAUCAGUCAUGUCGUAGCCAUUAAUGAGAAUGGUUAUCUUAGUCAUAGUAUUAUAAGAAACGACAAAAAUAGUUUAAGUACAGAUGAGAAAAUGCUGCUUCUAACUCCUCAUCUUAAAAGGAGUGCCAGUCAUAAGAAUAAGGAAGAAAGUAUUACUAGAGUUAAUGAUUGCAUGGAUAGCUUUAAAGUUGCUGACAAGUUCCCUCUACUUGGUUGUAGAGUAAAGAAAGGACGACCUCAAUGGAAUCGUCUAUUUUCGUAUUGGGCUCACAUGUACCCUGGGGAACAUUUAAGUCUGUACUGCUGUGGACCAAAGAAAUUAGUUAAAGAAUUAAGAAAUAAAUCUAAUUAUAUAACAAAAACAACAAGUACAAGCAUUACCUUUGUUAGUGAAGGAUUCCCAUGAUGUAAGUGAUAUCUGGUGAUAAAUAUUUAGUGAUGUAUUAAGUAAACCUAGAUUUUGUAAUAUGAACCUGAAUAUUAAAAGUUUAAAACCAUUUCAAGACCUUGAUUUAAACCCUAACAUUAAUAAAUCUAACUUUUCCAGUUAAACGCAAAGUUAAUCGAAUUUCAGCUCGCCGGUCUACAAUUUU